GGGCACCACAGAGAAGAAUGCGUAUUGUGAGACAUGCAGUUUGUCUUCGGUAGAUUGCGUCAGACACAACGCGUACAUCAAAGCCGCCGUGCCCGUCCUUCACAUCGGCUACUUUAGACACACCAUCUCGAUCCUUCAAUGUAUAUGCAAGACCUGCGCGCGCGUGCUGCACGAGGAGCCCGACCGGCGGACGUACCUCAGGCGCUUUCGCCGACCAAAUCUCGAGAACAUCCAGUGGCAGGUGCUCUGCAAAGCCGUCAACGCGCGCGCGCGACAAUGUAUAGCCCAUACUGCUCGGCGCGAACGGCACAGUGAGGAAGGUGGGCGCGCUCAAGAUCAUACGCGACAAGUUCCGCGCGAAGAAGACCGCGGAAGAGAUGGAGAAGUCGAAGACGACGUUCGCGCCGGCGGUCGAAGUACAGAAGUAGCUGGGCAUGUACUCUUGGAAUUUUCCCGGCCGGACACUGCGGUAGCAGUCCGUGCCCAUUUCAGUUCCCCAGCGACCUCUUUAGAGUGCGUAUGAGUUGUGUAAACAGCUGGGGAACUGACUACCUAGGUACCGCUUCCGACGUGUUUCACCACCGCAAAAACUUUGUGCUCGGCACGCCAGGUGGUGCAUGAAGACUUGAAUG